AUGUCUUCUAUACCUUAUAUUGAAAUAGACUGGUCUUCCACUCCACGACAACCUUAUGUUCAACUCGGUGACCCUACACCACCUGAAAAUGACUCAGCUAACAUAUUACAUAAUACUGAGCUUACAACUGUACUUUCCUCUGAGGAUAUUUUUUUCCUUGAUAUUGAUGAUAUCUAUCCUUAUACGUACUCAACUCUUCAUCUUGAUGACAAUGAAAUGGAAGAAACCUAUGAUGACGAAGACUACUUCGAACAGUUACUAAACGCUGAAAUAGAAGAAAUUAGCUGUAUUAAACAUGAUACACCCUCGAUUUCUAGUACUCCUUUAACUCCUAUCCAGGACAAUAUUCCCUUACCGCCUCCGAAUACUGCGCCUAUCUCAGAUAAUUUACUCAAAGUCAGGAAAAAUACUACCCUUCAGGUCUCCCCGGAAAAAUUCCAUGUGACUACGCCAAAACGAUCAGGUUAUAAUGAGAUUUAUGAAAUCCGCAGAUCUAAGAUGACCGUUCUUGAUAAGGACAGUUACAACAAGAAAUCUUUACACAAAAUACGUAAUAUUUUUGCUUAUUCAUUUCAAACUCACAAGCUUAAUCCAUACAUAGUUAUGGAUACACGAGGUAGUGGUACCUUGUAUAACAUCAAAAAAAGUAGAUACUUCCUUAUGGAGUUACACCCAAAUGCUGAUCUUUGUUUAACUAAGAAAAAUUCUUUCAACGUUUACACCAAUGAUAUUGAUAUGCCUAAUGAUCAUCAGAGGAUCUUCAACUCAACUAGUAAAAAAGUCAAUCUUAAUUACUUAAUAGGGACAUAUCUCACUUUUAUAUUUUCUAUCAACAGACAAUUUUCACCUGAAAUUGUGCAAAAGUAUUUUAAACGUUUACGCCAACUAUUAAUAGAUAAAUUAGUAGCGAUUAAAAAUAGACUUUCUUAUUUGGCUAAAAAUAGACAAACCAAAACUUAUAUCCGGUUCAGUUCUGGAACUCACGUGAUCUAUCUUGGAUUUUAUUUUCGCUGUAGUCAUACUUGCACCCAACCAGCGGCCUUUGUACUUCCAAAUAAUCAAUGGCAAUGCAAUAAACAUUUUACUCCUAUACCGGAGUUAAGAAAAAAAACCACACAUCGGAAAGGAAAAGAUCACAAUACUGUUAAUUUUAAUCCAUGGAAAGAAGUUCACUCAACACGUUUAGGUUUAAAAUAUAACGUAAUCGUUAAACGUUAUAAUAAAUGGAAAGGAAAGAAUAAUUCUGAUCUAAAAGAGGUGAUGGAACCUAUUACAACUAAUAGAAAAGGUAAAUCUACAACUAGACCCUUUUAUAAAGAAUAUAAAGAUCUUGAGUUUUACGAUAAUAGAACACCACAACAAGUCAAAAGAUGGAAUCGUUUAAAAGAGUCGACUAUCAAACAUGAAAAACACUUAUCUCAUUGUAAACCCUUUUUAUUAAAAGAAAAUUCUACGGUAUUUAAAAAAGUAUCUCAUCUUGUGAAACGGGAUCCCUCAUAUGAGAAAUCUGAGGAGGAUAAAUUAUUGGAUCAACUUACCCGAAAACGUGCCAAGAAUUGGCGACGGCGUGUUAAUAAUUGUAAUAAACUCAAGAAAAAGUUACCUGAACUACCUGUUGAUUUUAGUGGUGAUGCUCAGAAUUAUUAUUUUCAAACAUAUAACAUCAAUUUAUUCGCUUAUAAAGUUAGAAGGCGAUAUGAUUUGUCCAACAUUCCUCAAUGUCAAUAUGGCUAUUUGAAGGCCAAGAGGCUUUAUAAUAAUCAUAUGGAUCGCAAAAAUUUACGUCCUCCUAUUAUUAGACAAUCAUCUCCUCCUCAAAUUAUUAGUCAACCCAUACAACCUGAAAUUGAUUUUGUUGUGGAUUACGCUUUGAAAGUUGUUCAAUAUGAAAAUGCACGAGCUAAGUUAGCUCUUCAUGAAAAUCCUACUGAUUUUAAGACACUUGCUCCGUUACUUGUUAAACCUACAUUACCGUCAAUGGUUUAUCCUAGCGCAAAAGAAAAAGCUCGUUUAAAUGCUUUAGCUAAUGAUGAGACAUCCUCACCUAAUUCUAAUCAAUCUAUUAAUGAUUUACUCCCGAGACAAAUAGCACGACCUCGGUCUAAAAAGAAAAUCCUUUCUACGGAUACCGUUGAUAAUUGUAAUACACCUCCACCUGGUCCUAGUCGAACUACUACUGAUUCACCCCCGAGACUUAUUGCGUGA